AUGGCUCUUCGAGCUCUCGUGGCCAGGAAAUCCCUUGGAUUAGGGUUUCAGAGCGAAGCCAAAAUCCUCGCCGUAGGUUCUGCAGCUCAUUCUCGUGGCUUUCAGACCUUCUCGCUUCCCGACCUUCCGUACGACUAUGGCGCUCUCGAGCCUGCAAUUAGUGGCGAGAUCAUGCAGCUCCAUCACCAGAAGCACCACCAGACUUACGUCACCAACUACAACAAAGCCCUUGAGCAGCUCCACGACGCCAUCGCCAAGGGUGAUGCUGCUGCUGUUGUUAAAUUGCAGAGCGCCAUCAAGUUCAAUGGCGGAGGUCAUGUCAACCACUCGAUUUUCUGGAAGAAUCUGACUCCUGUUAGUCAUGGAGGUGGUGAGCCCCCUCAUGGUUCCCUGGGCUGGGCUAUUGACACAAAUUUUGGUUCUAUGGAAGCAUUAGUGCAAAAAAUCAAUGCAGAAGGCGCUGCUUUGCAGGGUUCUGGAUGGGUGUGGCUGGCUCUAGACAAAGAGUUGAAGAAACUUGUGGUUGAAACCACUGCAAAUCAGGACCCAUUGGUUACCAAAGGACCAACUUUAGUUCCAUUGCUUGGUAUUGAUGUUUGGGAGCAUGCGUACUACUUACAGUAUAAGAAUGUGAGGCCAGAGUAUCUGAAGAACAUAUGGAAAGUAAUCAACUGGAAGUAUGCCAGCGAAGUGUACGAGAAAGAAAGCCCUUGA